CAUAAAAUCGUAACUUUCAAAAAUAUCACAUUCAAAACAAUUUUAUAAAUCAAAUAUUUUUAUAUGAAUAACAGUGAAAAUGAACGUUUGCCGAAUCUGUCUUACACUCGCCGUCGAAAAAGACAUAAGCCUUUUACCUGACCUACUGGAAGAAGAUACUCGAACUUAUUCAGAUAUUAUGCUAUUUUGCUUGGGCAUACAGGUCCAAACUGAGUCAAAACUGACAUCGAAGUUGUGCGAAACAUGUUUUUUAAAUAUACUAUCGUUCUAUAAAUUUAAAACAUUAGCAUUAAAAAAUGAUGAAUAUCUACGAUCACUUCAAGAGAAAGAACAGAAGACUGAAGUAUUUGUUAUAGACGAUAUUAAAAAAGAACAAUCGGAUAACUUUUUGGAUGAUGAUAUACAACGAGACGACGAUUUUAAAUUAGCAUUAGACGUUAAAGACGAAAAUAAUUUAGAGGAACUGCAGUCUGACGAUGAGCUUCUCAGUGUUAUAAAACAAUUAAAAUAUGAGAAUACAAUAGGAGAAACUAAAGAAAAUGAACAUGUAUCACCAAACAAAAUGAAAAAGAUUAAAAGCAAAAAAGUAAAAAAAGAAUUGGAAAAACCAAACCAGAUGUGUGAAGAGUGUGGUAAGACAGUGCGAAACUUGAAAGAACACAUGUUCCAACACAAGCCGCUGCUGAUAAGGAAGAGGUACAAAUGCAAAGCCUGUGAUAAGAUGUUCUCCAGCUGCAGUUCACGACUGAAACAUUAUAAAAUCAAACAUCUAGGUAUUAAAAAACACUGUGAUGAAUGUAAUAAAGAUGUUGUUAAUUUAACUUCUCAUCGUAUGGUGGUUCAUAAAACAGCACUACUACCAUUUGAAUGUGUUCCAUGUGGCCGAAGAUUUAUAUCCAAGUCAUUACGAGAUCAGCACACACUCAUCCAUACAAAGGACAGACCUCAUGAAUGUGAUCAGUGUGACAAAGCCUUUAGAAGUACUAUUGCUUUGACUCAACACAAGCGGCAAGUACAUGAUAAGGAGAAAACUCAUUUAUGUCAGUUUUGCUCAAAAAGAUUUUUUAAGAAGUAUCACUUACAAAUACAUAUAAGGAGUCAUUCAAAGGAAAGGCCAUAUGAAUGUCCAGACUGCGGGAAGUUCUUCUCUACAACAUCAAUACUAAAGAACCACAGGCUGAUACACACAGACGUCAAGAUGUUCGCCUGUGAACUUUGUGAUAUGACAUUUUGCAAACCUGGGUACUUACGGAACCACAUGAUCUGUCACACCAAGGAGAAGCGUUACUCGUGCAAGUACUGCGGGCUGCUCUUCGGCCGCUCCGACCACCGCCUGCGCCACGAGCGCACCUCGCACGAGCGACACAUACUGCCCGCGGCCUGACCGCUACCAACUGCUUACAGCUCAAAAUAGCCAAUAUAUAUAAACGACUUCAAAAAGUGACUUCAACUUAAAAUAUAUAUAUAUUUUUACGUCACUUAAAAACAGUUUCACAUGUCGAAAUCUAAAACUUAAGUUCACGCUCAGGAGAGUAUAUUUUUUAAUUAAAAUGUAAUUAAAACGCGGUAGCCAUUAGCAUUAACGUCAGUGUUGAACAUAUCAUACAUUUUCGUUGUUAAAGACCCAAACAAUGGUUAGAAGGAAUUAAUACCUAGCAGACUUAUUUUUUAUAUCAUUUAGUUUUUUAGUUGAUCGAUAUGAAUCUCCAUCCCGAGUCUUCCCUUUGAAGUCGUUUAGUGUAAAUUCUAUGGAAUUGGUGACGGCUUUAUGAAGUUAUUGUUUCG